CUCCCAGCCACCUGUUUUGUUUCCGGUUGCCCUCUUUCACACCCAUUCGCUGGAAAGGAGGCUAGUAUAAAUAGUCGUGAUUCAUGAAGGGAGAAAGAGAAUAAGAAAGAGAGACCAAAAGAGAGGAGAGAGGAGAGGGAAGAUACAUCACAACCACAUAAGAUUGGCCUUGCAAAAGCAAUUCAGAGAGAGAUCCUGAUAUCUGGGUUUCCCCCUCCUCUGGUUUGAAGACAAUGUGGCGGGCCCUCCUGUAUCAGCUUGCUCUGAUUCCUCUCAUCCAGGCUCAGAAUGACUACUGCAGCACACACCCUACAUUCAGAGAGCCAGCCAACACUGACAUUAACGUCUACUGUGGCACGAAAAGCAUGGAGCUCCAUAUCUUACUAUGUCCCGUCUACUUCGGUGGAUACAAUGAAACACUGAUGUCCCUCAACGCUCAGUACUUCAAGGGAGAGUGCCGGGGGACACCCGAUUGGACUGUCAACCCGCCCGUUCUGAAAUACAACUUCUCCAUCACAGAGGAGGCGGUGUCCGCCUGCAACAACAAAAUGAAGAUCACUCAGGAGGUGGGUUCUGGACUCUUUGCGGACUUCUCCAGCAUUCAGUUUGUCAACAUCUCGGGCAUGAUCAACUCUCUGGACCCCAGCGCGGGAACCAUCACCUACCGCCAGGAAAUGAUUUACAAAUUCUCCUGCCGCUAUCCACUCCAGUAUUUGGUCAACAACACUGAGAUGAGCGUGUCUGGGGUGAGCCUAGCAGUCAAAGACAGCAAUGGGAGUUUCAUCAGUACCCUGAGUAUGACGCUCUACUCGGACAGGUUCUACACAACCCAGCUCAAGGUCCCUGAGGGAGGCUUGACAUUGAAGACACGCAUCUUUGUGGAGGUCAAGGCCACAAAUCUCACUGGAAGGUUCAAUGUGUUGUUGGACAGAUGCUUUGCCACAACCAGUCCCUACCCCGUCAACAGCACUUAUUAUGACCUCUUUGUUGGGUGUAACCGGGAUGGCCAGACGGUGAUGGGGGUGAAUGGGCAACAGCAGGAAGCACGUUUCUCGUUCGAGGCCUUCCGCUUUGUCCAGCACAAGAACAGGACGCUGUCCACUUUCUACCUGCACUGCUCUACCAGACUCUGUGAGAGGUCCGUCUGCACCUCCCUGCACCAGAACUGCACGGACAUCAUCAGCUCAAGGAGGAAGCGGGAGGUCCAGGACACGUCUGUGACCGACACAGCCACGGUCAGCUCCGGCCCCAUCCGCACCCAAGUGGACAACAGUGAUACUGUCGGAAUUGUAUCUGAAGUUGCCGAGCAGUUGGGUGGAAAACACAGAUCCUUGCAGGGUGUUGCCAUAGCAGCAGGGAUCUUUGGUGCUCUCUCUAUCUCCAUGGUAGCCUUCAUUGCGUACUGGAUCGUUGUGCCAAGGACCAUUGGGGCCAUGGAGAAGAGAAUGCUCUACCCUACACAAGAGUGAGUUUUUAGGGGAAGGCUUUGCCAUGAUACUCUUAAGGUGGUUUCCUCUCCCAUGUCCUCGUUCUAAUGCUCACUGACCUAAAGGAGUAGGUGGCUCAGUGCAAUUUGGAAAUAACUUAAUUACUAGUUGACCAUAUUGCGUUCAUCCACCCAGUAAUUCAAGGAAAUAGCACAUGGGAAAGGAUUUCACUUUUAGUGUUGUAACAAUGGCUGGUCUAAACAUGUCUACUAGCCAGUGAAGAGGAAGUAAUGUUCUGAAAGUCCAAAGAUGACUGGCAAAUAUCAGGCAGAAAUAAAAUCACUUAUCCAUAUGAAUAUAUCUGUUUAACCUGCACAUAUAGCACUGCAUGUUUAAAUAGUUUCUUUCCAUUUUACGGCAUUUAAAGUCUGGUAUUGGUAUUAAGGGCUAUCGUCUUUGUCUUGGAGCAAGGUGAAGUAUAAAUAUCUAGUAUUAUCAUCAUAAUAAGGUGGUAGAGCACGGCGCUUGUAACGCCAAGGUAGUGGGUUCGAUCCCCGGGACCACCCAUACACAAAAAAAUAUA